AUGGCCCAUUGGGAUCUGCGGCUGCAGCAGCAGCUGCAGCAGCAACGACAGCAGCAGCAGCAACUGCAGCAGCACCAACUGCAGCAACAACUGCUGCAGCGGCCUCACCUGGGCUACCUGCCUUCUCCGUACCCCUCUUUCCCCCCACUGCCCUACUUGCAGCAGCAGCAGCAGCAGCAGCACCACUUCGCAACAGAAAGAGCAGCACAAGCAGCAGCAGCAGCAGCAGCAGAAGCAGCAGCAGCAAGAGAAGGGGCCCUCCAGCUGCUGCACCCGGGGGGCCCACAGUAUGAAGAAGGAUACUGCUGCCCGCCAUCUAUUUGGAGCGACAGCAACAUACCUCAUCUGCAGCUGCAGCAGCAGCAGCUUCAGCAGCAGCUGCUGCUGCAGCACCUGCAGCACCAGCAGCUGCAGCAGCAGCAGCUCGACCAGAAGCACCUGCUGCAGCAGCGGCAAGCCCCAGCCGAAAUUGCAGCAGCAGAGGCUGCAUUUGCGGGUCCCCACGAACUCAAGCCAGCAGCAGCAGCAAAAAGGUACUUCUCAGCAGAAAAAGCAGCAGCAGCAGCAGCCACAAGAGCAGCAGCAGCAGCAGCAGCAACAGGAGAAGAAGACAGUACUGCCUAUGCUUCCCCUUUAGAAGCACCAACAGCUUCCCCCCGCAGCACCCCAAGGCAGGGGGCCCCCCGGGGGCCCCCUUCGGCGGGCCCCUGGGGGCCCCCAAACCCGACCUGCGGGCCAGCAGCAGCAGCAGCAGCAGAAAAGAAUGAGGAAGGCGAUGCUGCCUCGCCUGAGGCAGAACAGGGGGCCUCCUGCAGCAGCAGCAGCAGCAGCAGCGAAAGCCGCGCUGCUGCUCCCGUUGCUGCUGCUCCUGCUCCUGCAGCAGCAGCUGCAGCAGCACCUGCUGCAGCAACUGCUCGGGGAAACGAGAAAGAUCUCGACAGCGGGUGCCUCCCUGCACACACGAAAGCCAAGCAGAGGCAGCAGCAGCAGCAAAAGCAGCAGCAGCAGCAGCAGCAGCAGGAAGAGUUACCGUCUUUCAUGUUUACUGAGCUGCUGCCGCAAACUGAAAACUAUGAAGCAUUUAAGCCGCUGCAGGCGCAGCUAGUUUUUACUCCUGAGUGGUGGGGGGCCCCUUAUCUGCAGCGGGAGCAGCAGCUGCUGCUGCAGCAGCAGCAGCAGCAGCAGCUCUACGACGACGUGCCCCUCAGGGUCACGCUGCCGCCAGUUCUCCCGUUGCUGCACUCGCAGCUGCCCUACAACAGCAGCAACUGCAGCAGCAGCAGCACCUACGCCUACAGCAGCAAUGUGCAGGGCUUCUUUUCCUAUAUGCCUGGUUACGUCUGCGGGCCAGCAGCAGCAGCAGCAGCAGCAGCAGGUAGUUCUAGUGAUAAGCUGGAGCCGGAGGAGGAGUAUCGGCAAGAGGAGGAAGAGCAGGACGAGCAGCAGCAGCAGCAGCAGCAGCAACAGCAGCAGCAGCAACAGCAGCAGCAGCUGCAGCAGCAGCGGAGGCCGCCGAGGCGGGAAACAAGAGAGUACGUGCAUGUCUCGAGCGGCUACAGAGAAGUGCAGCAGCAAUCUCCGGGCAUAAUCUGCAGCAGCAGCAGCAGCAGCAGCAACAGCAACAACAACAACAGGAAAAGCAGCAGCUACGAAAUCAGGUCUGAAGAAGAGGCCCUUCGCCUGCCCGUCACUUCUUAUGAUAUUGUUGCCACACUUAAAGAAGCCAGGCUGAAGCAGCCGCAGCAGCAGCAGCAGCAGGAGCAGCAGCAGCAGCAGCAGCAGGAGGAGCAGGGGCAGCAGGGAGAGGAGCAGCAGCAGCAGCAAUGGGGGGACGUCGUCGACCCCGCAAUAUGCUGCUGGUCUUCUUACAAUUCUCCCUCACAUAGCAAGCAGCAGCAGCAGCAGCAGCAGCAGGAAUGGGACUACGAGCAGCAGCAGCAAGAGCAGCAGCAGCAGCUGCAGCAACCCCGAAUCUUGCUGCUGCUGUUGUUGCUGCUGCUGCUGCUGCUGAGCAUUUUCCUGCUGCUGUGGUUGGUCGCGCUGCUCUUGUUGCCGAACCACCUGCUGCUCCUCCUGUUCUUGGUCGUGGGCUUCCUCCCCCUGCUGCUGCUGUAG